AUGAAAGAAGACAUGGAAGUAUUGUCGCUGGCUUCACUACCGGUGGGUUUCAGAUUUAGUCCGACGGACGAGGAAUUAGUCCGGUAUUAUCUCCGGCUAAAGAUCAACGGUCGCGAUGAUGAAGUCAGAGUAAUCCGUGAAGUCGAUAUCUGCAAAUGGGAACCAUGGGAUUUGCCUGAUUUUUCUGUGGUGAAGACAACAGACUCAGAGUGGCUAUUCUUUUGUCCAUUGGACCGGAAGUAUCCCAGUGGGAGUAGGAUGAAUCGUGCCACUGUGGCUGGCUACUGGAAGGCGACUGGGAAAGACCGCAAGGUCAAAUCAGGCAAUACCAAGAUUAUAGGUGUGAAGAGGACUCUAGUCUUUUACACAGGUCGUGCACCUAAGGGAACACGGACCUGUUGGAUUAUACACGAGUACCGCGCAACCGAAAAGGAUCUUGAUGGAACAAAGUCUGGCCAGAACCCAUUUGUUAUUUGCAAAUUGUUUAAGAAGCAAGAUGUUGUGAACGAUGCUGCAGCGGAAGAUUCAAAGUCAUGUGAAGUCGAACCAGCUGUCUCGUCUCCAACUGUUGUGGAUGAGAUGAAGUCCGAUGUUGAACUGUCUGAGGUAUCUCCGGGUUUCCCUAGAACAGAAGACAUGAAGAAUUCUGAGAUUGCAGAAUCUUCUCUUGUAGUCUCCAGCGAAUGUCGUAGUGAAAACUCUGCCCCUGAGGUUACGACCACCGAGCUUGACGAUAUCGACUGGCUCUCAUAUCCGGAGCUGGAGUCCCUGAACUACAAGCUGUUUUCUCCGUUGCACUCUCAGGUGCAAUCUGAGCUCGGAUCCUCUUUCAAUGGAUUUCAGUCUGAGUCUAGCGAACUAUUCAUAAACCACAACGGGGCUCACAUUCAGACUCAGUAUGGUACAAACGACGCGGACGAAUAUAUGUCAAAGUUCUUGGAUACUUUUCUUGAAAUUCCCUAUGAGUUUCCAGAGAAGAAGGAGAUAAUGCAACUAACGCCAGAACAGAUUCCAUACUAUCCCCAGAAUCUCCUCAACACAAGCAACAAGAUCAAUAAUGAUGCAUCUGAAACAGGAAUCAAGAUCAGGGGACGACGGGCACAAGCCCCGGUUUGUGGUGAGCAGUUUGUAAUGCAGGGGGACGCCUCGAGAAGGUUGCGUCUUCAGGUUAACCAGCACAACUCAGAGACAGACAAUACUCAAAUCAAGAAAGAGGUUAAGGACACAGGAAGAGAAACUGUAAUGAAGGGAUUUGUAAGUUUCAUCAGAUCAAAAAGCAGGGCCGGUUUCUUAAGCAAGAAGAUUGGGCCUAUGGGAUGUUCUUACAGAGGGUUUAUCAGGGUCGGUGUGGUAGCGGUUGUGUUUGUCAUGUCGGUUUGCAGUCUCACCGCAGUAUUCCGCUGA